AUGGUUAGUCAGAAAGAGACCGUGUGUGUAACCGGUGCGUCCGGAUUCAUCGGUUCAUGGCUCGUGAUGCGAUUACUGGAACGCGGUUACUUUGUCCGUGCCACGGUCCGCGAUCCCGAGAAUUUGAAGAAAGUCCAACAUCUUCUUGAUUUGCCAAACGCCAAGACGCAACUCACUUUAUGGAAGGCCGAUUUAUCUGACGAAGGAAGCUACGAUGACGCCAUAAACGGAUGCGACGGAGUUUUCCACGUGGCAACUCCUAUGGAUUUUGAAUCAAAGGAUCCUGAGAAUGAAGUGAUAAAACCGACAGUUAAUGGAGUGAUGGGGAUAAUGAAAGCAUGUGUUGAGGCAAAGACAGUACGAAGAAUCGUGUUUACUUCGUCUGCUGGAACGGUUAACGUCGAAGAACAUCAGAAAAAUGUCUAUGAUGAACAAGAUUGGAGUGAUCUUGAGUUUGUCAUGUCCAAGAAAAUGACGGGAUGGAUGUAUUUCUUGUCGAAAACAUUAGCGGAGAAAGCAGCUUGGGAUUACGCAAAGGAGAAAGGAAUAGAUUUCAUUAGCAUUAUCCCGACCUUAGUGAUCGGUCCAUUUAUAACAACAUCUAUGCCUCCCAGCCUCAUCACCGCGCUCUCUCCUAUCACUCGGAACGAGGCACAUUAUUCGAUCAUAAGACAAGGACAGUAUGUGCACUUGGACGAUUUAUGCAAUGCUCACAUAUUCUUGUACGAAGAAGCUGCUGCCAAGGGACGUUAUAUUUGUUCCUCUCACGAUGCCACAAUUCUUACUAUCUCAGAAUUUCUUAGGCAAAAAUAUCCGGAAUAUAACGUUCCUUCAACGUUUGAAGGUGUGGAUGAGAAUCUAAAGAGCAUUGCGUUCAGUUCGAAGAAGCUGGUUGAUAUGGGGUUUAGUUUCAAGUAUAGUCUCGAGGAGAUGUUGGUCGAAUCUAUUGAGACAUGUCGUAAAAAGGGUUUUCUUCCGGUUCCUUUAACGGACCAAACGAAAUCUGAGGAAGUUCCGAGUGUUGGUGACAAUAUUGAGCUCAAAACCGGUGCUGUUUUAACCGAUGGUAUGAUGCUUUGUAAGAAUACCGAACCGGGGAUAACCGCCGAGAAAAGCGAUACUUGCAUGCCAGCACAACAGAUGUGUGCUUAG